AUGCCGCCAAGUAAUUAUGGACCUUUAUCACAGGUUGAGGGCUCUGAGGAGCAUCCCACAUCCGCUCAUGCAUCCACAGAGGUGUUGACAUCGACUCCCAUUCGUCCUGCAAUCUACUAUGGCGACGGUCCAUUCGAUCCACCCAGCUCUGAAUCUGACGAGUCCGAAGUACUAUUGGAGAAACCUUUGACACCUGGCGCUGCUGAACGCGCGGAGUACCCAACUCUGGGUGAGGAGGACGAAAGAGUGACCGACAACGGGCUCUUCGUCGGCGGACGACGGAAACAGCAAUGGUCAUCUAUACGGUGGCUCGUGUUCUCACUCGUGGGACUCCUCUCCUUCGCCGGAGUCGUAGGCAUAUUCGCCGGACUUUCUUACAAAGAGACGAAACGCAUAGUCCGGGGGCAUGAGAAGCUGACGAUGGAGAAUGUAUUCAAUGGGACUUUCAGAGUCGAGCGAUCGGAAGUGAACUGGGUACCAGAAGCCGGUGACGGCGUGUUCUCCCUCAAUCAAAACGGAUACAUUUCGCUUGUCGACCUCAAGACAAACACGACGACAAAUCUAGUUGCGACAGCGGACAUUAAAGAUGAGAGCGGUAAUCGACUGCACUGGUCGAGCUGGAAGUUAUCAGCAGAUAUGAAGCAUAUGCUCAUCAAAGUGGACACCGUCAAGCAAUGGCGCCACUCGAGCAUGGGCAACUACUAUGUCGUAGACCUUGACACGACCGAAACACACCCUAUCGUCUCACCGUCUGACCCUCCAGUGACAGCUUACGCGACAUGGGCGCCUAUUGGAGAGCCCAUCGCCUUCGUUAUGGACAAUGAUCUAUACGUGCUCGACACGCCGACGUACGUUUCGACAUCCCCGGUAACUGUAACGUCCAACGGAAAUGCAUCUCUAUUCCACGGCGUUCCGGAUUGGGUGUACGAGGAAGAAGUAUUCUCUGCGGACUUCGCACUCUGGUGGGCUCCGGAUUCGAGCAAGAUUGCAUACCUCGCAUUCGACGAGACCUUGGUCCCUGAGUUCUCCUACCCUGUCUACAAUCCCACCGACGACAACGACGCCGUCGUCCCCUACACUUCUUCCAUCACCAUGAAAUACCCCAAGCCCGGAUAUCCGAACCCACUCGUGACUGCCCAUAUCUUCGACUAUGCUAAAUUCACAUCCGAACGCGCUCUCGUCGGCGAUGUCACGCCCUCCGAAUACUCAUUUUCUCUCACAUGGGAGGGCCGACAGCCCGCCAACGACAGCAUCAUCACCCAAGUCACCUGGAUUGGCAACUCGAGUCUCAUUCUCAAGGAGAGUUCGAGGGACGCUCUGACCGGCAGUGUCGUGUACUUCGAUCUUGACGCCGUGGAGGAGGCUCAGAGUGUAGUUUGGGGGACUGUGGUGAGGAAGCUGGGCAAAGACGGAGAAGAGGGAGAUGACGGGUGGAUCGAGGCGAGCCAGGAUGCGAAGCCGCUGCCGGAGAGCGUGGCCCCGAGUGGCGCGUACUUGGAUAUCGUACCGAGUGGGGGCUAUAAUCAUAUUGCGCUGUUUAGUCCUGCGAAUUCGAGCGUCCCGAGAUUUUUGACGGAGGGUGAGUGGGAGGUGACGGGUAUCAAAGCAGUGGAUGCUAAGACAGGCACUGUAUACUUCACCGCUGCCAAACCGUCCAUCGAAAGACACAUCUUCUCUGUGGCCUUGCCCUCGAAUCUCGCUUCGGGCCUCUCAUCGGAGCAGCAGGAAGCACGACCUGAACUCGUCGAACUCACGGAUACGUCUUCCACUGGGACGUUCUCGGCUGAAUUCUCACCUCAGGCCGGGUUCUACCUUCUGAACUACGAUGGCCCGAACGUUCCUUGGCAGAAGAUCGUGGCUGUUAACGAUAGCAAAUUCGAGCAUGUGCUGCACGACAACGCUGCGUUGAACGAGACGUGGAAUCGAUUUGAAGCCCCCAUUAUUCAAUGGAGCACGAUUGAGAGCAAUGGCUACGAGCUCAAUGCGAUGGAAAUGCGGCCACCUCGAAUGGAUGACUCCGGACGAACAAAAUACCCCGUCCUCUUCCGCGUCUACGGCGGUCCUGGCUCUCAGAUGGUCAACGUCGGUUUCAACCGCGAUUGGCAUCAUUAUCUAGCGGCGUCGUUGGAGUAUAUCAUCGUCACCGUCGAUGGGCGCGGGACUGGGUUCAAAGGGAGACAGUUGAGGAAUCCGGUCAGUCGGAAUUUGGGGUAUUGGGAGACGGUGGAUCAGAUUGAGGCUGCGAGGAUAUGGGCGACGAAGGAGUAUGUUGAUGAUAAGAGGAUCGGGAUAUGGGGAUGGUCCUAUGGCGGCUUUAUGAGCUCGAAAGUCGUGGAAGCUGACGCAGGGAUACAUUCGUUGGCUAUGGCCGUCGCGCCCCCCACCAGCUGGCGUAUGUAUGAUUCGAUCUACACGGAACGGUACAUGGGCCUCCCAGACCUGAACCCGGGAGGGUACGUGAACGCGUCGAUAGCGAAUGUAACGGGGUGGGAUAACGUGGAUUAUCUGCUGGCACAUGGAAGCGGGGACGAUAAUGUGCAUUUCGCGAAUACGGCGCAUCUGCUAGACAUGUUCACGAAAGCGCACAUCCGGAAUUUCCGGUUCAGGAUGUUCACGGACAGUGCGCACAGUAUAUCCGUACGGGGGGCGUACUUUGAGCUGCACCAGUUUAUGACAGACUUUUUAGUAGAGAAGUGGGGCAAGGGUGGGCGGCGUCGAGGAUGGUGA